AGGCCGCACCUCCCAGUUUGUCCUCAUCCCUGCCGUGGCCACACCACCGCCACACCACUACCUCCACGCCACAUACCACUGCCGCUGCCAGGUAGGACAGUGAGCAGCACGCGCCGGCACGUCACCACACGUGCAAUCAACACUCGCCAAGAGUGAGCAGACGCAGCGGCAGCGCUACCUUCCCGCCACCGCUGAAGAGAGGCACGUGGGUCCUCUUCUGUUAUUAUGACCAAGGGCACGUGGGACCUCCUACUUACUACGAGGAUGCUGACACUCAUCAAGUAGAAGACAACGAGAUAAAACAACAGGCAUAUCUCUCCAAAGAAAGAGGUUACAGAGCAUUCCCGCCCACCCGCCUGGCCACGGAGCCUCGCCACACACAACACGCCAACACGUCUACGACCGUCCGUCAGCCAGCAAACAUUUGUGCCUCCUUUGAUAACUCGAUCCCCGCCACGAGUUGCACCAGCACGCGGGGAAAGCUGAAGCGCGACACGACACCAAACAACAUUCCUUCCCUCCCGUGAUUUCAUGAGGUGGUGUCGUUGUGCAUAACGAAGAGUAGUUUUUUAUUAAAGUAAGACGAGACAACAGUGGAGUGAGGACGGAAAGUUUGUGAGCUUAACUUUUAAACACACGAGAAACACAUCUGUGGAAGACGUCCUGGAAAAGUCCCAACUUGGAAAAAUAAAAUAAAAGAAAAAGCAACAAGGGUUUGGUUUCGCGUGAGUGUUGCGUGUGUUUGUUUGUUUGUGUGUGUGUGAGUGUAGCGCGUCUUGCAGUGGUGAGAGUGGGCUCGAGGUGUGCGGUGACGGAAGGAGUCAUCCCGACGUGUGCAGCAGCGACGCCAGAGAAAGAGCGAGAGAAAGAGUGAGGCAGCAUGACACACCACGCCACCACAGUGCUCCUGCUGGUGACCUUCCUCCUCGCCAUUCAUGAGGAAGGGCGUGCAGGCGGCUUCAGCUCCGACCGUUACUCCUACUCCUCAGCGGGCGGCUGGGGACAUAAGGCCUUGGCGGAGCCCGUGUGGGGACACCCGCCGCGAAUCCACAAGAACAGACGGAUUCCAAAAGUGAAGGAAGGGACACCGAGGAAGCUAAUCCGAGGGGCGGCGCGGGUGGUGCAGGCGUCUCACUACGAGCUGGAGUACGUGCUGGGGCGCAAGAUCAUCUUCCUGUGCACGGCGCGCGGCAACCCUCGGCCCCGCAUCACCUGGUACAAGGACGGCGUGGAGCUGUACGCCCACAACUACUUCCAGGUGCACGAGUGGGAGAUUGGGCGGCACAAGUUGAAGAGCAAGAUGGAGAUCGACCCCGCCACUCUGAUGGACGUGGGCUACUACGAGUGUCAGGCCAACAACAUACAUGCAGUGGACCACCGGGGAUUCAGGACCCAGUACACGGCCGGCCUUUAGUGCGGCUCCCGGUACAACCCCUACACCCCUCAGCCCCUCGCUGUGGCACCCCAGUACACCUUUACCCUCCGUGGUGUGGUUUCAAGUACACUUUAGACAGGUUAAGUACACUUAUCGCCUCUAGGUGUGGCUCCCAGUACACAAUAAGCCUCCCAGUGCGACUCCCGGUAACGUUUAAGCUUUUAUCAGUGUGGCUUCAGUACACAUAUAGACUAUAGUGUGGCUCCCGGUACAUAUUCAUCCACCCAGUAUGGUUUUAAAUACACCUUUAGCUUCCCAUUACGACUCUCACUACACCUAUGACUCCCAGUACAUCUAAAGCCAAACAGUACACCUCGAUGUGCCUCCAAGUACAGUUUCAGUGCCUCUCAUUACACGUUUAACCUCUCAGUAAGGCUCCCAGUACAGCUUCGGUGCUAACAUGACCUUCGGCUCGUCUCAAGGCCCCACACUGUCUGCCUAAACGGGUCUAGUGAGGCAGUCUGUCUAUCUGCUGGUUCCCCUCUGAAUAAUACACCUGUCCACUUCAGUCCCAAUUAAGCCGUGCUCACCUGCCCGCCCUCUCUCAUUUCUCAGGGCAGGGAGGAGGUGGCUCAGAGUUAAGGAAAGGAAAGGGUGCAGGGAAAGAAAAAGAACGGGAAAAAAAUUAGAUAAAAAACGAGGAGAGGCAAGGAAACAGCAUUCUUCAACUCUUCUCUCCUUCCUCCUUCUUCCUCCUCUUCCUCCUCCUCCUCCUCCUGCUCCUCCAAGUCCCCGUGGCCAACCUCAUCAGCGGCUGGCACCCGGGAGUCAGGCCUUGAAUGGAAUAUCGUUUCAAUUAAGCGUCUGUGAAAGGGAGGCCUGUUUGUGUGUGUGUGUGUGUGUGUGUGUGUGUGUGUGUGUGUGUGUGUGUGUGUGUGUGUGUGUGUGUGUGUGUGUGUGUGUGUGUGUGUGUGUGUGUGUGUGUUAAUGUAAAACGCUCCAGGGCCGUGUGCGCAGAUUGAUGUGCGCGAAAGACAAAUAUACGUACAUUACUAAAGACAUUAAUAGGAUUAAUGGUUUGGUGGUAUGUCCUUGUAAUACGCAGCCCCAUCCCUGCCCACAACACACACACACACACACACACACACACACACACACACUCUCUCUCUCUCUCUCUCUCUCACGCUAAGAACAGGCUUUCCUUCCCACUGUCCCUGAGGAGCUGCACAGUCUCGAAUACUCAAGAGUGACGUCAGCAGCAUCACAGGUCUCCAAUAACAAUAUUACCCACCACCACCACCACCACCACCACGUCCACCUACACCAACACAAAAGAGUGACACGUCUAAGCAUGUCCAGCAAUCACCCACACUAUCUGUCACCUUUCAUCCACCCUCCUUUAUGAACUAGCACCAUUACCUGCUCACCACCACAACCACCACCACCGUCACCUUAUCUACUACCUACACCAGAGUGACAUGUUCAGCCAUCAUCCACCCUCCUCCAUGCACUCUCAGACCCUCCCCAGAUUUAGAUUCACGCUACACCUGCUUAAAUAAAAACUCUCAAAUGUCACCUAGCCUGUUUGCUCACCACUUCAUGCACACCUUUUUCAAUGCUACCUCCUCCUUUCCCUCCUCCUCCGCCCCUACCGCCGCCACUACCUAUCUUUCCCCAUGUCUUCCUCACCGACGCAUCAGACACACGUGGAGUUAAAGCCAUUAGGACUUAAAGCUGUAAUCUAAGCCACAUAAAUGAAGGUGAAGUAGAAAUACCGAUAGGUUUCCUAGCUGAGGCUGAAACAACCACCACCACUACCACCACCACCACCACCGCCGCCACCACCACCAUCAUCGUUGAGGCAGUAAUACUCGUGAUACAGUCCAACAUUUUUCGGACUUAGAAUUAUACCAUUGAAAAGAUUUACGUUCGUGUGUUUAGUUAGUUUAAGGGACAGUACGUAUGAGAGAGAGAGAGAGAGAGAGAGAGAGAGAGAGAGAGAGAGAGAGAGAGAGAGAGAGAGAGAGAGAGAGAGAGAGAGAGAGAGAGAGAGAGAGAGAGAGAGAGAGA